AUGUUGGACCCCAGAGAUUCAGAAAGUUAUGAAUUCGCAUUCUACCGCUAUGACCCCAGCAUGGGUGGCGCCAUUCUUUUCAUCCUUCUCUUCAUUGGCACAACAGGGUAUCAUGUCUUUCAAAUGGUCAAGUCUCGCACAUGGUUCUUCAUUCCAUUUGUCAUAGGUGGUAUAUUUGAGAUCAUCGGAUAUAUCGGACGUGCCAUGUCCAGCAAGCAAAGCCCCAACUGGACGCUCGGGCCAUACAUCGUGCAGACACUCUUUCUCUUACUCGCCCCUGCUCUCCUUGCAGCCUCUAUAUACAUGCUACUCGGUCGAAUUAUCCUAGUGUUACAGGCUGAAACCCACGCACUGCUGAAAAAGAAGUGGUUGACGAAGAUAUUUGUCACAGGUGAUGUGCUUUCGUUCUUAUUGCAGGGAGCAGGCGGCGGAAUCCAGUCCAGUGGCAGCCUAUCUGCCAUGAAGACUGGCGAGCACAUCAUCGUCGUCGGCCUCGUGAUUCAAAUAUUCUUCUUCGCAUUUUUCAUGAUCACUGCGACCCACUUCUACCUGAAGGUCAAGAAGUAUCCGUUCCCUCGAUCUUGUUCUCCGCAUAUUCCUUGGAAGAAACACAUGAAGGUACUCUACGCGACGAGCUUCUUUAUCAUGGUCCGUUCGAUGUUUCGACUCAUUGAGUACAUUCAAGGAAACAACGGGUUUCUUUUGCACCACGAGGCCUUCCUUUAUAUUUUUGAUGCACUGUUGAUGUUUAUCACCAUGACCAUAUUCAACGUUAUUCAUCCGCAAGAAAUCGGCCAGCUACUCCGUCACCCCAAUGAUUAUGACAUGACAUCUUUCUCAGAAGAGCAGACCCCAAAGCCCUACCAAGGGUACAAUAAUGUGUGA